GUCGGCCGCGCGGAGCCGGAGCGGGGUGCGGGAGCCGGAAAUGGUCGUGGACGGCGCCUGUGCGGCUGCGUGGGGGCCCGGCCGCGCCGACUGAAGGAGACUGAAGGCUGGCGGAUGCCCAGACCCUGUAGGCCUCACCGUGGACUUGACCUUUCCCGAGGGGGUGCCGGGGGGACCCAAAUGUGGCACCAAAUGAAAUGAACAAAGCUCCACAGCCCACAGGCCCCCCGCCCGCCCCGUCCCCCGGACUCCCGCAGCCGGCGUUCCCCCCGGGGCAGGCGGCACCGGUGGUGUUCAACGCGCCGCAAGCGACACCAAUGAACACGCCUUCUCAGCCCCGCCAGGGAGGAUUCAGGUCUCUGCAGCACUUCUACCCGAGCCGGGCACAACCCCCCAGCAGCGCCGCCUCCCGAGUGCAAAGCGCGGCCCCCGCCCGGCCCGGCCCGGCCGCCCACGUCUACCCUGCUGGCUCCCAAGUGAUGAUGAUUCCCUCCCAGCUCUCCUACCAGGCCUCCCAGGGCGCCUACUACAUCCCCGGACAGGGGCGCUCCACUUACGUCGUCCCGACCCAGCAGUACCCCGUGCAGCCGGGAGCCCCCAGCUUCUAUACCAGCGCCAGCCCCACCGAGUUCGGCACCUACGCGGGCGCCUACUACCCGGCGCAGGGCGUGCAGCAGUUCCCGGCCGGCGUGGCCCCCGCCCCUGUCAUGAUGAACCAGCCGCCCCAGAUGGCGGCUCCCAAGAGGGAGCGCAAGACGAUCCGGAUUCGCGAUCCCAAUCAAGGAGGAAAAGAUAUCACGGAGGAAAUCAUGUCCGGGGCCCGGACCUCGUCCACCCCCACGCCCCCUCAGGCGGGUGGAAGUCUGGAGCCGCAGGCCAACGGAGAGGCCGCUCACGUAGCCGUCGUGGUCCGGCCGGACGACCGGCCGCAGGGCAUCCCGGCGGGAGGCCGGGCAGGAGCCGCUCCGGAGCAGAGCCCCUCGGAGUCCCCCUCGCAGACCCCCCUGCCCUCCCCGGCCCGCUCGCCCCCCUCGCUCGUCGAGCAGGGGCCUGAGCCCGGCGCCCCGGCCCCGGCCGGCCCCGGGGACACAGGGACGCCGGGGUCGCCGGGGGUCGCGCCGGUGACUUUGCCGGCCGAGCCGCCCGUCCCCCACGAAGCCAGGGACCCGGCUUGCCCCUCCGCGCAGCCCCCCGGCCCUCCGGAGCCGCCGGCGGGGGAGGAGGCUUCGGCCCCGAGCCCGCCGCCCGAGCCCGAGCCCGAGCCCCCGGCCGCUCUCCGGGGCCCCGGUUCCCCCCCGCCGCCUCCCGAGUCGGAGGCCGCUCCCGAGCCCAACGGCCUGUCUCCGUCCGAAGAGCCGGAGCCGGAGCCGACGGCCGCGCCCCCGCCCCUGGCCUGCCCCCCGGAACCCGUUUUGGCCGCCCCCACCGCUCAGCCCGAGGAGCUGCCCAACGGGACCCCCUCGCCCCCGGCCACGGACCUGAACCCCAUCUCGGAGCCCGAGGAGCCGCCCCAGGAGCAGCCCCAGGAGCAGCCCCAGGAGCCGCCCCAGGAGCAGCCCGAAGAGCUUCCGGCCACGGCCCUCCCCGACGCUCCCCUUGCCGUCCCCCCGGCUGCUCCCCCUGCCCAAGUGGAGGAGGAGGAGGAAGAGGAGGAAGAAGAAGAAGAGGAGGAGGAGGAGGAGGAGGAAGGUGGUGGUGAAGAGGAGGAGGGCGGAGAGGCCCAGGAAGGGAAAGGAGGGGAAUCGUCUCUCCCGGAGAGCACCCCCGUCCCGGCUCCCCCUACCCAGAGUCCUGAAGAAACAGCCACGGCAGUGGCAGUGUCGGUGCCAAAGAGGAAGCGGAGAAUAAAGGAGUUGAACAAGAAGGAGGCCGUGGGGGAUCUUCUAGAUGCCUUCAAGGAGGUGAGCGAUGGGGUGUCCGAGGUGGAAAACCAGCCCCCCGCAGGCCCCGGCCCCGCCGCAGAGCCCGAGGGCGGCGGCGGCGCCCCUGCCCCGGCCCCGCCCGAGGAUGCGGACGAAACCUGGGAGGAGAAAGAGGAUAAAACGGACAAUGCCGAGAACAUCCAACCCGGAGACCAGAAGUACCAGUACAAAGAGGAAAACUGGAAGCCCCUGAACCCCGAGGAGAAGAAACGCUACGACCGCGAGUUCCUGCUCGGCUUCCAGUUCAUCUUCGCCAGCAUGCAGAAGCCCGAGGGUCUGCCGCACAUCAGUGACGUCGUGCUGGACAAGGCCAACAAGACCCCCCUGCGUCCUCUGGACCCCACCCGGCUGACGGGCAUGAACUGCGGACCCGACUUCACCCCGUCUUUCGCCAACCUCGGCCGGCCGACCCUCAGUAGCCGCGGCCCUCCGAGGGGCGGGCCGGGCGGGGGGCCCGGCGGGGAGCUGCUGCCCCGCGGGCCGCCAGCCGGCCUGGGCCCCCGCCGCUCUCAGCAAGGCCUCCGCAAGGAGCCGCGCAAGAUUAUCGCCACGGUGUCCCUGAGCGAAGACGUCAAACUGAACAAGGCCGAGAAAGCCUGGAAGCCCAGCAGCAAGCGCGGCCCCACGGAGAAGGAGCGGGGCGAGGAAGAUGUCGACAGCAAGACCCAGGACCUGUUCCGCAGGGUGCGCUCCAUCCUGAACAAGUUGACGCCCCAGAUGUUCCAGCAGCUGAUGCGACAAGUGACGGAGCUGGCCAUCGACACCGAAGAGCGGCUCAAGGGGGUCAUCGACCUCAUCUUCGAGAAGGCCAUCUCCGAGCCCAACUUCUCCGUGGCGUAUGCCAACAUGUGCCGCUGUCUCAUGGGGUUGAAAGUGCCCACGACGGACAAGCCAGCCGUGACCGUGAACUUCCGGAAGCUGCUGCUGAACCGGUGUCAGAAGGAGUUUGAGAAGGACAAGGACGACGACGAAGUAUUUGAGAAGAAACAGAAAGAGAUGGACGAGGCCGCCACGCCCGAAGAGAAGGCAAGGCUCAAGGAGGAGCUGGAGGAGGCCCGGGAUAUCGCCCGACGGCGAUCCCUGGGGAACAUCAAGUUCAUCGGGGAGCUGUUCAAGCUGAAGAUGCUGACGGAGGCCAUCAUGCACGACUGUGUGGUCAAGCUGCUCAAGAACCACGACGAAGAGUCCCUCGAGUGCCUCUGCCGCCUGCUCACCACCAUCGGCAAGGACCUCGACUUUGAGAAGGCCAAGCCCCGCAUGGAUCAGUACUUCAACCAGAUGGAGAAGAUCAUCAAGGAGAAGAAGACCUCAUCCCGGAUUCGAUUCAUGCUGCAGGAUGUGCUGGAUCUGCGCAGGAGCAGCUGGGUCCCGCGCCGGGGAGACCAGGGCCCCAAAACCAUCGACCAGAUCCACAAAGAGGCUGAGCUGGAAGAGCAUCGGGAGCACAUCAAAGUGCAGCAGCUCAUGGCCAAGGGUGGUGACAAGCGCCGGGGGCCGCCCGGACCACCCCCAGGCAGCCGCGGUCUGAUUGUGGACGACGGCGGCUGGAACACCGUCCCUAUCAGCAAGGGCAGCAGGCCCAUCGACACCUCCCGCCUCACCAAGAUCACCAAGCCUGGAUCCAUCGACUCCAACAACCAGCUGUUUGCACCCGGGGGGCGGCUGAGCUGGGGCAAGGGCAGCAGUGGCGGCACUGGGGCCAAGCCUCCUGAGACAGCGUCCGAGUCGGGCCGCUCAGCCACUAGCACCUUGAACCGCUUCUCAGCCCUUCAGCAGGCGGCACCCGCGGACAGCGCAGAUACCCGGCGAGUAGUACAGAGGAGUAGCCUGAGCCGGGAACGGGGCGAGAAGGCCGGAGAGAGGGGAGAGCGGGGCGAGAGGGGCGAGCGGGGCGAGAGGAGCGAGCGGGGAGACAGGCCGGAGCGAGCCCGGGCCCCCCUCACCAAGCGCAGCUUCAGCAAGGAGCCGGAGGAGCGGAGCCGGGAACGGCCUCUCCCGACCGACGGGCUGCGCAAGGCGUCUAGUCUGACAGAGGACCGUGGCCGGGACCCUGCGAAGCAGGAGGCGGCCCUGCCCCCGGCAGCCCCCCAGAAGGCGGCCCUGUCAGAGGAGGAGUUAGAAAAGAAAUCCAAGGCCAUCAUUGAGGAGUUCUUGCAUCUCAAUGACAUGAAGGAGGCCGUGCAGUGCGUGCAGGAACUAGCCUCGCCCUCCCUGCUCUUCAUCUUCGUGCGGAACGGCAUCGAGUCGACGCUGGAGCGCAGCACCAUCGCCCGCGAGCACAUGGGCCAGCUGCUGCACCAGCUGAUAUCCGCGGGCCACCUCCUCUCCACCCAGUACUACCAGGGGCUCCACGAGAUCCUGGAGGUGGCAGAAGACAUGGAGAUCGACAUCCCCCACGUGUGGCUGUACCUGGCUGAACUGGUGACCCCCCUGCUGCAUGAAGGGGGCCUUUUGAUGGGGGAGCUGUUCAGGGAGAUCGCCAAGCCUCUGAGGCCCCUGGGUAAGGCCAGCCCCCUGCUGCUGGAGAUCCUGCGGCUGCUCUGCAAGGGUGUGGGUCCCAAGAAGACGGGGUCCCUGUGGCGAGAGGCGGAACUGAGCUGGAAGGAGUUCUUGCCGGAGGACCGGGACGUCAACGCCUUCAUCGCCGAGCAGAAAUUGGAGUACACGCUCGGGGAGGAACCCGAGACCCCCAGCCAAACAGAGGAACUGCCCUCAGAGGAACUGAGCAAGCAGUUAGAGAAGCUGCUGAAGGAGAACACCAACAACCAGGGCGUCUACGAGUGGAUAGAGACCAACCUGAGUGAGCCGCAGGUGGCGUCCAAUACGUUGGUGCGGGCUCUCAUGACAGCGGUCUGCUACUCUGCCAUUAUCUUCGAAUCUCCACUUCGGGUAGACGUGGCGGUGCUAAAAGCGCGAGCGAAACUGCUUCAGAAGUACCUGAACGAUGAACAGAAGGAGCUCCAGGCCUUAUACGCCCUCCAAGCCCUCGUAGUCACCCUGGAGCAGCCGGCCAACUUGCUGCGGAUGUUCUUCGACACGCUGUACGACGAGGACGUGGUGAAGGAGGAGGCCUUCUACAGUUGGGAAAGCAGCAAGGACCCCGCGGAGCAGCAAGGCAAGGGGGUGGCCCUCAAGUCCGUCACCGCUUUCUUCACGUGGCUGCGGGAGGCCGAAGAGGAGUCCGAUCCCAAUUGAGGGCCCGGGCCCGGACUGCCGUGGCGGGGGGGAGGCGGGCAG